UUGUUCUCGUGUCCGUCGUUAUGAGCACCGUCUUUACGGAAGUACAAGCUUUAAUGAGAUGAACAACAACCUGGUGUUCACUACUCACACCGAGGGGGGUGAUGUUUUGUUUGUGAACUGAUGAACAAAUACGUUCUCGAAUCAUUAUAGAAAAGGCGCGAACUGGAUUGGAUUCUGUGCUUUCGUUUAAAUUAAGCCGCGAAUCUGCAACAGACGUGAACACUUGUGCUGUAGAUCAAGGGUAAAGAGGAAAGACGAAAAGGUAAUUAGCCUGGAGGAAGUAUGCCAGGAGCCGCGAAGAGACUCAUUGUCUUGAACCAGACAGCUAGUUGAAAAGGGUUCACCAUGGCUGCUGCUCUUGGGUCCUCCUGUGUGGUGAUAGUGUGCUCGAUCCUGGUCCACGCCCACGCCCAGCACCACGCCCACGACCACACCCACGCCCAGGAUCACGCCCACACCCAGUACCACGCCCACGACCAUGAUGUUCAAGACAGCACCCAACAGCGCCAAUAUUUAGAUGAAACAGAUCUCCAAAGAAAAAGACGUGACAUAGAAAACGAACAGGAGUCUGAGAAAAUGGACACAAAGCAUCUUGAGGCAAGACUAAAGAAUACUCUUAAAGGGACCAAUAACUCAGAAUUAUCGUUUAUAUCUCAACUGUUUUCUGGAGGGAAGAAAGACCACCAUAGCAGAAAAAUGACCGGAAACAAGAUUAAAGAAAACGCCAAUUCAAGUAUUCUAAAAUCAAAGCUUUUAGAUACAAAUCAUAUUAACGUCGGUCACAAAUUUAGAAAUGAUGAAGUCUCGACAACCGUAAUUCCCAAGGAUCCGAUGGAAGUCACCCGUAACAGAACUGAGAAAUCAACAGAAAUGAGUUUUUCCGCUGAACUGAAGGAAAUCACCGUUGAUGAUGAUGAUGGUGGUAAAUCAUCACCGUUGGUUAGCUUGGACUCGAAUCUUGUCCGUGGCAGAACCCCGGGUCCAGUACUGCCUAAUACUGAGGCGUCUGGGUACUCCCGUGUCGGGAUCAUCACCUGGGCGACCAUCCACGACCAGCCUACCACUCCGCUCAGCCUGUCGCAGUACCAGGGCGACCUACGACCCCGACCCUACGCCGCUUACCCCCACCUGCUCGCGGCUGAUGUGGAUGUCUUCGGCAACCUGUUGAAGGUUGCGGAAUCGACAACUGAGGAUGUCACGAUGAACUCGCUGACAGCUCGACCCAUCACCACCUCCAGUCUCCCACCCUCAACAAGUACUAAAGCUUCUGGUUUAAAUGAUGACAUAAAAAUAACUAAUAAUCUUGUAUCCACCGCAUUUGACAAAUCUUCCGGGGCUGGAUCUUACGUUGCUACUCCGGCCGUGACUCCGGGUCUCAUUCAGGGUGUGAUUCAGUCCGCCCUGCAACAGUUCUUCUCCCAUCAUUACCUGACUCAGCAAAUGGCGGACUUAAAGUCGACACUCCCAGUCCUGGUGACGACCACAACUCCGUCGACAGCCACACUACCGACCACCGACACCAUGGACACAGUCGACACAACCGCGCGGGUAACAGAGCAACUACCACCCACCACAGCAGACGUGUCGGCUGAGACUCAGCAGUGGAAGACACCAGCCAGCAGACAGCCAGGGCUCAGUGAGCUGUCUCUUUUGGACUUGCCAACCAGGGCUCCAGUUAAACAAUUGGAGAUUAGUAGAGCCACUUACGCAGCCUCGUCCCCUGCGGCAGCUACAUCGGUAUCCGGUGCCGUCACAACGGCCAUUCCACCUUGGGAUGACCCCAAGGAAGCUCUGUACACCAGGACACCCACACGCAGACCUGGUCCUCAACCCUCGCCAUUAUCACCCCUAUUCAACUCGCCUGUCAAAUACAAGGUGCCAGAUACAGUAACUGUAUCAAGGAACCUGACAUACGCGAGCAGUCGUCCUGAUAAUUCUUCUAGCAGUAUCCGGACAGAUAAGCCAUCGGUUAGUAACUGGCAAUCACCAUGGGGGGUUAGCAAGCACGCAGGACCUGCAAGUUCAACCUCGUCUUUCUUAGGUUCGUAUGGACGACCUUCUUCGAUGACUAAUUCUCCUUCCAGUAGACCUCAGCCUGAGGUAAGGAACACUCCGACUCCAGCCACUACCAACCUGUCCUGGGCGAAGAUCGACAGUAAUUUAUAUGUGAUAUCGACAACGCGUCGACCGCUCUCGCAGCUAACUACCACAGCAACAAGCACAGCGGGAAACGAUUCGUUCUCAACUCAAAUUGAUCAGCAAUUUUCAUUCUAUGGUCAGAGUAAAACCACCAAACCUGAUCUCUCUCUGGAGAACUCAUCAGCAACAUUAAACGGGCCAAUGGUAACAUCUUCCAUGAACCUGACAAGAUUUAAUCCUCUUUAUUUCGAAUCCACGACUCCUAGACCUUUUGUUAGGCCAAUUUCCACCUCUAGUAACCAGCAGCAGCAGCGUCAUCCUCAACGACCUACUAACUACAGCAGCACUCUGACAGCCUUCACCAGUGUCGUGGACACUCCAAGAUCGCCAGGUGAGACGAUCACCACACAGGAAGUGACUCCUUGGGACCCACUUUAUUUUCAGCCUGAAACUCGGCGACCUUUUACAAGGCCAAAUAUAACUCGCACCAGGCAGCCUUGGCCGCCUCUGAGUGACGUGGAAGAUCCUCCUGGAACCGCUGUUAGUUCUCUCCUGACCAAGCCUGAGGCUCUACGUACUCCGAGUAGUGGCAGCACUGAAAAUACAAAUAUACCCACUAAUUUAAGACUUACUCUCGCUGCAGCAGCCACCAAUAUUAACAAUAUCGGCUCGGAAGUACCAGACAUGGUACACGAGGCGGUAGUGACCAUACCACCACCGCGCACACCACCAUUUUAUGCAAAUCCUUACUCGCUCCCUGAAGAAAAUCACUGGACGCAAGGCGAGGUUAUCUUUAUCGCUCCUGAGCCACCGGAAAGAUUACCUUCGUCGCUUAUCAAAAUUUCAGAAGUAGCCACAACAGAUGUAAAUUCCACAUUUUUACCAACCAAACACAUCAAUACAGAACUUCCUUUGUUUUACGAGACAACCACAGCACAAGAAGAGUCUCUAGGCACCCCAACCAUCCACAGGAUUUCUGUCCUUUCGCCAAGACCAGCAACAACUCCAGAGACGCCACCGACUACCACCUGGAGCUUUACAAACCCUUGGUCGUCCCAUGGCUGGUAUGACUCCCUCCCGACGACCCCAGACACAGAUGACGCCACAACGACCCCGAAGUCUACUGGGACGCGGUGGGACUUGCCCACAGCACCCAACACCAGCAUGACUUCACCGACAUCACUUCUAGCAUCAACGACAUCACUAGAGCCCCAGGAGCCCAACCAUCAGUACCAUGCCGGUGAAACAUUUGACACCGCCACUUUGUCGGCUUUGUAUUCAGAUUUUCCAUUGCGCUAUUCCUCAACGUUCACUUCCUUCCACACGUCAGCUGUAGCCUUUUCACCUUCCAGUAAUGCACAAACAUCUCAUGGCACUUUACCCGAGUUUGAGUCCGUGGGGACAAAUUAUUUACCAAGUACAUCUGUUGUGAACACCGAUUAUAACGAGAGCGUCCCCUGGUGGUGGCCACGACCGCAGGUUUCCAUACAGAAAGCAAGUCCAGCUGCAGAUCAAGGGGACGAGAGUGUCGAGAACUACACGCUAACAAACUAUGCAGCUGGCGGUGAUGGCGUUCUCAGUGUAACACCUCCCUGGGCGGCUGCCAGCUCUCGAACUCGCUCGCCGUCGACUCCAUCAACACAAGGGACAGGAGAACCAGCGGGUGUUACUGUAGAGGAUGUCACACCACAGACUCCUUUUGGUAUUCCCGUAGUUACUGGUUCGACCACUGGACACAUGCAGAAGUUACAUUCUCUCAUAAUGAGUGCUGCACAGGAUAUUUUACCCCAAAACACUUCUGACAUAGAUAUACUGAACUAUUUAAUUGAUGUUGUGAAAAGUAAACCAAUGGGAGGAAAUAAGCCGCUACAUGUGGAGAUGAGCGACUCGUCUCCACUAGCCAUCAUGGCUGAAGAGUUGGUCGCCGCCCCAACACUAACCUUACAGGGCACAGCUCAACCCAUACUAACUCUUCGGGAGACCUCGCCCACCGCUGUGACUACUCCACCCGGUGGCCAUGUCUCCCCGCCCACACAGCUCCAGCACGCCCACACUACCACCAUCACCACUAGUGUGUUGCUCACUUCCACCAUACAGGUACAGACAUCUUUACCGCCAUCGACGACUGUCGUUACCACCAGUAAGUCAACAUGGACACACCCUCGGCAUCCUUCCCUCGAAGACACCUCUUCUGUCACAUACCUUCACGGAGACUUGGGGUUAUGGAGCUCACAGGACUCGAACAGUGAUGCAAGCAGUGGAGGGAGUGAGGAUCCCACAACCAUCGUCACGCCAGAGUAUGCUUACGUAUCUGUCCUUCGGGCCACUUCGAGUGUGUUUCACCCCAUUCACAGUACGUCUUACAUGGCUGCAUCAGGGUCUGGAGGAAUGUGGUCUCGGUACCCUCAGGUGAUUUCCAACAUUCCUCAGGCAGUGCAGUACCCUGUUGAGGGACCAGGAGACAGUAGUCAUAGUAGCUAUCCAUCAGGCAGCAACCUGGCAUGGAGUUUACAAGGAACACACACUAGUACUCUUUCCUUCAACCCUAAACCUUCGUCAGCUAUCCACACUGCAGCUUUGGGAAUAUUCCCUCAGGACGCACAAGCUGGCCUCACUCCCCCGAUUAUAUCUCUGGUCCACGCCCAGGGACUCGACGGCAUCACACAAGCCUCUUUCAUAAACAGCCUCCAACCACUCGUCUCCACCUCCCAAGUCUCCUCUACCUCCAGUAACCAGAGUCCAGGUGGGACUAAGACUGCGGCCACAGCCAUUCAGUCGCUAGGCAGCACGAGCUCAAGGCCACAAUGGGCCGGUGUGACCAUCGUCUCGGGUGACAUCAGUAAGACAGCGUCCGUGCAGGGUGUCGUAGAGGGCGAGGAAACACUUGCUGAAGUCACCGGCAUGUCUUCAGGCCACGGGGACAACAUGGCGAUAGCGGCGACGUCUCACAACCCGAGUGUGUCCACCGUGACGAUCGCCAGCAACAGCAUCCCCACCAAGCUGUCUGUAGAGUGGGUGAAGCGGCAGAUCCAGGAGCACCUUGCUUCUACCACAGCCUCACCACCGUCCAUAACUCCUCUUUAUAGUAGUGUACCGGACUGGUUUACCGGUGUUCAAAAACGCACAACAACAACGACGCCACGGCCAUCUACAACAACAUCAACAAGAGAAAUCGAGAUUAAAAUCCCAGCAAACUUUAUCAGCAAUUUACUCUCACAGUUAAAAGUCUUGAAUAGCUUUCCUCAUUCACGAACUGCACCUUCCAACUUUCUUUUGAGCCCAAUGAACCCACUUCACGAGGUGCUGCAGAAGCUUGUGAGCGCAACAGACGGCAACUUGAAGGAGGCCAUAGAGCUCGUCUCAUCUCUGAGUGACACUUGGAGUCCCAGCACCACCUUAACACCAACUAGCACAUCUGGAGAGAAUAUCUCGCCUCCAUCAUCAUAUACAGAGCUCCAGACUCGAGGAACAUUGACGCCUUUCCCAUUUAUUACUCCCGAGGUCGGGAUGGGGAUACAGUCGAACUCCUCAUCGCUGACUACUUCGACGAGCACAGAUAAGCGUCCCUCACUUGCUAUCAUAGAAGGCAAAGAAGAAAUAGUUCCUUUGGCAUUUUAUUCCCCAGAAGUAACUCCUUUGCCUUUCUCGUCUCCACAUUUAACCACAUGGAAUCCUUCGGGCUUUGUGCAAACGUUUGAGUCAGUGUCUGGCUGGGAGGGGCAUGACCAAGGAGGACUCGGGUCUCCAGAGACAGUCAGUCUGGAGACCCAGCCACCACACACACAUUCCUCUCCUGCUUCUCAGCUCCUCCAGAAUGGAGACCCAACGCCAUAUGCUAAUAAUAAAGCACAAUCAUCGGUGAAUAUAAGUGUACAAGAAGUGAUCCAAAAAAAUCAGCUUUCAAGUCUUAUCCAGAAACUUCUCAAGGAUUAUAUUGCAGAAAAUGUUCAAUACAACGCCAGUAAACACAGUGUUCACAAUGAACAUGAAGAGGAUAACAUGUCACAGUCGCUCAAGCAGUCAGGUAAUAAACCUGUGGACAUGAACAUGGUGGCGGAGUGGGCGGAGACUAUAGCAGCCGCUCUCCUCAACAAGCCCAACACUUCCAGCCUUACUCCACACCAACCCAGACCCCAGAGUCUGGGUGCUGCUGUCAAGGAAAUCAUAAACACCAUCUUAGAACGCAUUAGGACGUCUGUGGGGGUGAUCCCUGAUCCAGCUCUUUUGAAGCAAGUUAUAUUUCAAGUGAUAGACAACAACGCACUUACUAAGCCAAAUGCGAGCGCGGCUGCUAGCGUCUAUGGUCCGUCUGUUGAUCCAGCUCCACCUCUGGUGUCGAGUCCUGAGGACAGAUAUACAUAUUCUUCACAUAUUGUGGAUAACUUUCUCCCAGACAACGACUUUGAGGGAGGUAAUGGAAUAUAUAGUUCCAUUACACAGCCGUCUGUGUUUUAUUCCCACAAGGUAUCCACACUUAGCAGUGUUCCCAGCCGGCCUACUGGAGCUACGGUCUUCCUGUCCCCUCUGGCACCCGUUCUUGUCCCCAGCCGCUGGGCCACGUCCUGGGUGAACGAGAGCGACGCUGCCCUCUGGCGAACUCCCAAUCCUAUCUACCUCUCCCAUGAUGCUGCUGACAUGCUGGCGGCAGCCGAGUCCCAAGCUGAAGCAUUUCGCCCGACGAAUUACGUCCUUGCUAUGCUGCCUCUCUCCCCAACCGCCACCAAGGCUGGCACACUGGGGACAGCCACUGUCAUGGUGAUGCAGGCAGUGGUGCCUGACGUCCACUCCUCAGGAGGGGUAACGAGCGUGUUCUCUAAGGAAAUCCAAGAGACGGGUGUUAAGUUUUCGGCAUCCUCCAGUGACAGCAAGCAUCGCAUUCAACCUACCAAGACUGUUUCCAGCGACAAAGUGCAGCAUUCAACGUUUUACAGACCUUUACAGGCUCUCGAUAGCACCACAGAACACAUUAUCACACAGGAGGGUGUCAUCUUUCCCUCUUCUCACUCUAUAACUCCACCUGUUGACAUUUACAGCUCUACAGUCACUCCUGAAGAACAAGCAAUAUAUUACCAAUCAUCAGUUUUGAAUCAGAAGACCUCGAGUUCCUUGUCAUCGUUUGUUGACAAUAACUCCCUCUUGCUUGCUCUUAAACCUCCUCAGAUUGACAUUCCACACUUGUUAUAUUCCCAUUAUGUGUUUGGGUCUCUAUUACGGCCCAUGAUGGACCCUGUGGCAUCCCCGGAUGAUGUGGCUCUUUGGGAGAGAGAAACUGCUACAGAGUUAAUUGCCAGCUCAUUACUUCAAGAAAGAGUGUCUGUGACUCCUAGACCUGGCGAGUCGUCCUUGGUGUUCGCUGCUUAUAGCAGUGUUCAGGAGAUUGCUUCAAGAACCCUUAAUUCGCCCACCUUUCACUUGGCUCUCCAGUCAGCUGUGGCGAGUGACCAACAACAAACGAGUGUCACAAUAACGCCAGUAUACCCACCUUCGACCCACUCCAAGGGUGGGGAUGCUUACGACUCGGUCCUUUACUCUCAAGAUGAGGUCUAUGAUUCACUCUCGGAUUCUGAUUUGGAGGUCUAUGAUUCACUCUCUGACUCUGAUUUGGAGGAAGACUACGCGUCUGUGUCUUACUACAACGAUGAGGGAGAGUAUGGUUCAAGCUCUCACUCUCUGGGCAAGCAAGAGCACGACUGGGUCUUUCCAUUCCAGGGCGAGGGAGACUAUGAAAAAGUCUCUAACUCCAACAGCGAGGGAGAGAACGAGGAGGAUAAGGAGCCGACGAGCGAGGGAGAGGAGUGGUGGGGUACGUCCCAGGCCCCUCCAACUCUCAUCACCGACGCGGGUUCUCCACCACCGCUGCUCUCCACCACUAAAGACAUUAGUGACUUAGCCAGCCAGGUGUUGCUGCUACAGAAGCUGGUCUUGACCAUGAUGAACAAGACGUCAGGCGAUGACACAACCUCUCUGGUGCCACCACGCAACGCAACUGCGCAGACAUUUUCACCUCCGGAAGAUUUUGGAACAACAGUCUUUCCUCCUUCGGCCUUAACAGCAACAAUUUCUAAAAUCAAACCACAGUUUCGUCCGUCAUCGAGCGGAGGAUCAACAUUGCAGUCCUUACUCUCUAACUCUGCAGCUACACCUUCUCCUAUCUUAAGUUCUGGUUCAGUUAAGAAGCCCUUGCUGGAGUUGCUGAACCCUGUCAGUUCUUCAAACUCCUUCAGUCCCUUCCUGCUGAAAACUGGAGUCUCAGAGUUGAGCGCCGGACCAGAGAAGGUUGCUGCGUCACAUGUAAAAUCUAACCCUCAACCCACCACUAUUUCUGAAGGUUCGAGUCUAUACGCGGGCUUCGCAAAUGAAGAAGUAUUGUCACUCGUGGAUGAAACCGAAGGCAAAGAGAAUGCAUUUGAAAAUCACAAACUAGAGCCUGCUUUCAGUAGAGAGAAUCUGUUCAAUACCACGUUGUUUCCAACAGCAGUUAGAGUCACGCAGUAUGAGCCUUCCGUUGUUGCUUUAUCAUCCUCAUCAACAAGGGUAAAUCCAUCGAUUCCUGUAUUAAGUACCACACCACGACCUCCAUGGCUGCCUUCCUCGCUGCCCUCCACUAGCCGCCCCCUGCCUACUUAUCUAGCAUCGUUGUCUCCUCCAUCUUCCGGGACGUCACCGCAGUUUCCAGGCAGUGUGUCCUUCGCUAGCCGCCCAUCCAGUGCGGGAUACACCGCGGGCACUGACAGUUCCCAACAAGGAUCUGCAGGAGUGCUCAUGGAACUUCCAGCGACGUCGACAGUACCAGCAUCUCCCUCGGCCCUGGACCCCAGUCCAGCAGAUCCUGUAAGGGAAACAGCGCAGCCAGCAACUGGAGUGUAUCGCUGUGGCAGCGUCGGGAGCGCCAGGGUCGCCAACUUCCUGAACCCGUCGUAUCCGUUGGCAGACAGAGGCCCCGGCAGAUGCUCCUUCAGGCUCCUGGUUCCCGACCUCGACGUCUGCCAGGUGGGUGGCUGGCAUUCUUCCCGCCUGCCAGGUGAGUAA